AAAUUAAUUCAGCUCUAACUCCACUCCACUCUGCUCAGCGUCGAGUUCGAAUCCGAAACCCCCGCCGAUCAAUGCUGAUGAAUUUGAUCGGCCUCGAUAGAUUUGUUUCAAAUUCUGAAUCUGUUUUGCUGUUAGGGAUUUGUAAUUUCAGACGGAAUUGUUUGUCUGAUUCAUUCUACAAAUCUCAUUCGCUCUUUGAUCGGGACUACCGGAUUUUGAGUCUCUACGAUCAUUAAUUUUUUUUUUUUAAAUUGAAGGUUUGGCGGGUGAAUCGUUUAUUCUUCUUGCUCUGCUCCUGUCGGAUGAUGUUGUGAUUCUGUUAAGCAGUGCAAGUAUUGCUUGAUUUGCACUAUUAGUAAUGGUGUCUGUGGAUGACCCAAUAGAUUCCUUCUUCAAUUCCAUUCACGUGGUUAAGGGUGCUCUUUCACCACUUGAAUCUGGUAUUCGUCGCGCUGCGAAGGAUCUAGAGUCGUGCUGGGUGGGUACGAGAAGUGGGACGAAUGAUCUCGAACUGUUCCCCGAACUGAAUUUCUCUGCCGAGAACAGUAAGAGAAGCUCUUCUCUGAAGAAGAAACAGUGCGAGGACGUUGUUGUUGUUGAUGACAGAAAAAAAAUCGUAUCGAUAAAAUUUCCGAUCAAGACGUUCUUGGGAACGUUUUUACCCAGCUCCAGAGCCAAUGAUCACAAGGUCGUGCUUCUGAAGAAAGGGUCCAAAGAGAAAGACUCAGUUGGAGUGAAGGUCUCUUCUGCUAAUUGUUUGCAGUUUGCAGUUACCUGCUCUUUGUUGCUUAACAGUUUUGUUCAGAGAUUUCCAAGCCCAUUCAAAAACGGAAGGAAGCGUCUUCAGAAUCAGGGUGCCCAAGAGAAUUGUUGUUCAGAUUCAUACAGGGAGUCAACAUCAUCAGGGGUUGCAUCUAAACCGAAGCGGAGGGAAUAUGGUCAAUUUGCUGGGUCAUUUCAGAACAAGGGCACAACAUGUAACGAAGGAGACAGUUUGUCGUUAAAACUCCUUAUAGGUUUAAUAUUUGACCAGUUCACCCAAAAUCUUCAGAAAUUCAAUCAGGGUAUACUGAAAGGAAAAAAAGCAGAUGUUGAUUACUUUCUCGGGAACUUGAGCUUCGCAAGAGUUGGAGGUGUGCCAGCAAGUCUGGUGGGAGUAACUUCUUCUGCCAAAGUAGAGGGCGAAGAUGAUGGCGUCUCUGCUGUUAAUAGGGAAGAAACAGAAUCCGGUUCACCUCAGAAGCUCGCAAAUGGGUUGCUUAAUAUUCCAUUAUCAAAUGUGGAGCGAUUGCCUCAGUUUGGGAAGUCCUCUAAAAACCAUCCUGACAAGAAAAAGUUAUUCUCUGUGCAGGAUUUCUUCAUGUAUACUGAGUCUGAAGGAAGGCGGUUCUUUGAGGAACUUGAUAGGGAUGGAGAUGGCCAGGUAACGCUAGAAGAUCUUGAAGUUGCCAUGAGAAAGAGAAGAUUACCUCAGAGAUAUGCUCAGGAAUUUAUGCACCGCACUAGAAGUCACUUAUUUUCAAAAUCAUUCAGGUGGAAACAGUUUUUGUCCUUGAUGGAGCAGAAGGAACCUACCAUUCUUCGGGCUUAUACAACCCUAUGCUUGAGCGAAUUUGGAACACUGCAAAUGAAUGAAAUCUUGGCGUCCCUUAAAAAUGCUGGACUUCCAGCCAAUGAAGAUAAUGCUGUUGCUAUGAUGCGCUUUCUGAAUGCUGACCCUGAAGGAUCUAUAUCCUAUGGCCAUUUCCGAAAUUUCAUGUUACUUCUUCCUUCUUAUCGACUUGAAGAUGAUCCCCGGAAUAUAUGGUUUAAAGCUGCUACUGUUGUUGCUAUUGCACCACCUGUGGAAAUUCCUUCUGGAAGUGUUCUGAAAUCUGCACUGGCAGGGGGUCUUUCUUGUGCGCUGUCCGCUUUUCUAAUGCAUCCUGUCGAUACUGUAAAGACUCAAGUGCAAGCAUCAACAACUCUCUCCCUCCCAGAACUUGUGUCAAAGCUUCCUCAAAUUGGAUUUCAGGGAUUGUAUCGGGGUUCUAUCCCUGCUAUUCUUGGUCAAUUUUCAAGCCAUGGAUUGCGAACCGGAAUCUGUGAAGCAAGCAAGCUUGUAUUAGUAAAUGUGGCUCCAACACUACCAGAAAUUCAGGUCGAAACUGUAGCGUCCUUCUGCAGUACAAUAUUGGGAACAGCAGCACGGAUCCCUUGUGAGGUAUUGAAGCAAAGGUUGCAGGCUGGCAUUUAUGACAAUGUAGGUGAGGCAAUUGUGGAUACCUUGCGUCAAGAUGGUAUCAGGGGUUUUUUUCGGGGGACUGGUGCCACACUUUGCCGUGAAGUUCCUUUCUAUGUUGCUGGCAUGGGGCUCUAUGCUGAGUCCAAAAAGGUUGUUCAGCAGCUACUAAAGAGAGAUCUGGAACCUUGGGAGUCAAUGGUGGUUGGGGCUGUAUCUGGAGGGCUUGCUUCUAUUACCACUACUCCAUUUGAUGUGAUCAAGACAAGGAUGAUGAUUGCUUCCCAGGGUCCACCUGUGUCAAUGUCAAUGAUGGCCUUCUCCAUCCUUCGUCAGGAAGGACCUCUUGCCCUGUUCAAGGGAGCAGUGCCUAGGUUCUUCUGGGUUGCACCUUUGGGUGCAAUUAAUUUAGCAGGCUACGAGCUCCUAAGGAAGGCAAUGGAUAAGACUGAGGAGGGGAAAGUUGAUCAGCUUCCUAAAAAGAGGUUGACCACCUCUGGUUGAAAGUCUGUUACAAGGGGAAAACUUCAUUAUCUGCUACUGCUUUCUGCUUGUCGUUAAUGUGGGCUGGGAUGAAAUAAUCUUUCUGGGCUUAUCAGCUUCUUAUGCUUCCAGUUUCUAUUUGUCGACAUCUCUGCUCCCUUCCUCGAGACAUUGUAAUUUCUGAGAUCCGUAAUCAGCUUAUUUUCUUUUAAACUCUUAGCACAUUGUCAGUGACAGCCUGGGGUGUAUUUUUGUG